GGAUACUCUUGAGUGGCAAGUUAUUGAAGAAAAAAUAACAGUUUUUCGUAAGGUUUUUCAUAGAAUACGAAGUGAAAAAUCUGAAAGAAUUUUUUAUACGGUAAAGCUUUUCACAAACUAAAGAUAUUUUAUAAAGUAAACAGAAUACUACAAAGGUGUCAUGCAGAGUUAAAAUUUUUAGAAAAAGACUUUUUUUAGUACAAAGGUUUGGUAAAAGAUUUUUAAAGUGAGGAAGUGGUACACUAAAGGAUUAAACGCAUCGGAGUUUGCGCAGAACAUUGGGACCGCUUAUAAAGGGAGCGGGAAAGUCGACCCAUUCACAAUUUGUCUGAAGCCAACGUUACUGCUCAGUGAAACCUAUUUAACUUAUCAGUGAGAAGUUUGUGAAAACUUUUUCAAAAUGAGAGUUAUUCUUUAUUUCGUCGCGGCUGUGCUGGCGUGCAAUGGUAUUGAAGGUUUACUUUUACCGGGAUGGCGAGAGCAUCGUGGUUCAGAAAAGCUGCUGUCAUGGUUUUCAAGAGUGCGUCGCUAUCCUAUUCCUUCACAUAAAGUAAUCGACCCUGCUGAAGAUUGCUUUCUGGUAACGUCCGAAGAAGGAGAAUUAUUCUUCAAGUCUCCGUCCGACGAGCCAACAGUAUGCGGCAUCUAUAUGAUAACAGAACCCGACAAAAGGAUCCAAGUCAUCUUCAACUACCUGGACGUCCCGUGUGAGAAUGGUGGUUUGGUUGCGUGGGUGGAUGGAUGGGAGCUGAAUGGGCAAGUUUGGCCCGCUGACUCCUGGGACGACGAUAGAGUAAUUGAAUACUGUGACCAGCGUCCACAGCGCAAACUAGUGUCUAGACAAAAUGCUGCUCUCAUACAGUACAGAGUUCCGGCACGAGGGAAGGGCUUCGCGGUUACUAUACGGCAUUUGAGAAAUGCGAGACCCUGCAACCUAAUGUUAUUUGGUGCUGAGGGUGUCUAUACACUGCGGAAUCAUGGCGUGACCGGAAACUGCUCGCUGAUUGCAGUAUCACCGGCCACAGUGCGUGUACUAGAUCUUAACAUUGGGCAGUCAGUGAAAAGAGGCGCCUUACUUGACGCCGAAACGGGGACUAUUCAUCACUGCACAAAGCGGGGCCUGGCGGACUACGCGGAUAUUGGAGGUGCCGGCGGGCUCGAUCAUACCAAAAUGGAGAUAUACGACAGCAUAUGCGGGCUCGACUCCAACGAAGCAUAUCGUCCAGCUUUCAUCGCCUGUGAGGAUACGGUGGUCCGACUCAGAUCCAGUGGGAAGUACCAAAACUCAAUCACCCUAGCAUUCGCACCCUUACCCCUCGAGCAUUACGAGCAUGCCGACCUCAUCUGCGGCUUGAAUGACAUCUAAGAUCAGCAUUAACUUAUCUGGACGUCGCUAAACAUCCUGAUGAUCAUCUGACUCCACGGAUUAAUGGGUUUUAACGCCAUUGUUCAACAGGCAUAAUUUUAACGUACCUAGUAGUUAUUUAUUGACAAAUCUUAGGUAAUAAUCAAUAACUUAAGAGGGCUCCUCCGUCACUCGUUUCCACUCGUUUCAUAC